AGUCUAAACUGCCCUGCGUAUGUUAGGGGAAAAUGGUUUCUGGGUCAGGCCUAGGUUUACUGAUGGGUUGAAGAUUCCACCAUCAAGAUGACCAACGCCCAGCUGCGACUCUAGGCGGCGCGAAUUUCUCCGACGAGGCACGCGUCAGGAAGCUGCGGCGAACACUUCCUUGGCCGGAGGAGGGUCGGGAAGAGUAAACCCAACAAAUAGAUGGCAACCAACACUUCAGCAACAGAUUAUUCAUCAGCAGGCACACAGCCACAGAUGGACAGACGACUCCUGGAGGCAGCCACAUCGGGUGAUCCCAGGCGAGUCAAGGAAUUAGUAUCACGGAAUCCAAGCAUUAUACUUGGAACCACUCCACAAGGAAACAGCUGCCUCCACAUAUCCUCUAUGCAUGGUCACAAGGAAUUCUGCGAGGAUGUGCUGGAAAUAGAGGAGUCUCUCCUUUUAAAUGCUAACUUUGAGUCUUUCCUCUCAAAGUUGAAUCUUCAAGGGGAGACACCGCUUGUAACCGCCGUUACACAUGGUCAUGCCUUCGUGGCUUCUUUUUUAGUUGGACGCUGCCAUCGACUAGGAUUGAGACAGGUAAUCUUGCAGCAAGACAAGACUGGUUGUAAUGCACUGCACCAUGCCAUUCACAGUGGCCAUAAGGAACUUGCCCUCGAGUUGAUAGCAGCAGAGCCUGCUCUGUCACGAGAUGUGAACAAAUUUAAAGAGUCACCCUUGUUUCUCGCUGUCAUGAGAGAUUUUUGUGAUGUGGUCGAGAAACUAGUCAGAAUUACUGAUUCUGCUCAUGGAGGAGAGUUUGGCUUGAAUGCUCUACAUGGUGCUGUCAGAAAUGAUAAUCCAGUUAUUGCUAGACAAAUUAUGGAGACACGCCCUGAACUUGCCAGAGAAGGUAACACGGAUUUGGUUACUCCAAUAAGAAUGGCGGUACGUUAUGGCAAGAUGCGCGUGGUGCGAGAAUUGCUGCGACAUGAUUUUUCCUUAGGGUAUGAAAUGCACAAGAACAUCUUUCCUCUGCUUAAUUGUGCCGCAGCUGGAGGUCAGGUUAAUGUUGCUCAAGAAAUUCUCAGACAUUGCCCUGAUGCUCCUUAUCGUGAAAUAGGUGGUGAGACUCGGACAUGCCUUCAUAUAGCUGUAUUGAACAAUCAUAUCGAGUUCGUUAAAUUUAUCCUGAGCACACCAUAUCUUCAAAAGCUUGUUAACAUGCAAGACAGCAACAGAAAAACUGCGUUACAUUACGCAGUCCAGGGGUGCUAUCCUAAAAUAAUUGCUGCCUUACUGUCUCAUGAGGAUAUAGACAGAGCAGUACUUGACAACAGUGCUAAACCAACAGCUUGGGAACUGUGGAUCAAUACGUAUUGCGCCAAAAGCAUAAACUGGAAUAACGUAUGGAUGCUUAAGUUGAAAGGCCGUCCCCAAAAUACCAUGUGUCUUCAAAAUAUUCAUGGUGAUGUCAAGCAAGGAGCAAUUAAUGAAUCAAGCGGGGUAGCAAAGUCACCUUGCCCACUGCUUUCAUUCUGCCUGUAAGAUACAAAGGUAAUGCUGGAAGCGAGGGACUUGCCAUGAUGUCUAGGAAGAUUGCAUAUCAGGCAUUCCUGAUCUCAGACGCCUUAGCGGCGUGCUCCUCGUUUGCUGUCGCCUUGAUAUGCACGAUCCAGGACAUAUCAUUUACUAAGAAGCUCAUGUGGUUUGCUUACGUGGCUUGUUCAGCUAGUUUAUAUGCAGUAAUGGUCCCGCGUCUCCACUGGUUGACCAUCGCACCAUGCCUUCUGGUGCUUUUUGGCCCAUUCUUACUAGGCAGCUGGGCAGAUGGCCGCCAAACUCUUAUAGGUUCUGAUACAAUCUCGAAGCAGUGGAAGUGAUGACCCUCCUCCUCCUCCCGGAAUCUAAACCCGAACAUGUGGACUUCUAUGUGACGUGCACGUGUUUUACAAGUAGUGAAUUUCCAUAAGUUAACAAUAUGUAUGAAUUUACGAACUUGUGUGAUGUGUACUAGUAUGAAACAUUUGUUUAUAUAUGUGUACUACUUCAAAUUAUGCCAAUAUAUGUGGACUACUUCAUUUGUCUAUAUAUGACAACAUUUUUUAUAUA